CCAAUUCAACCCGAUGGCGGAGGAAGCAAUAUUCGAGUUUUUACACUCGGAAAUAGUGAACUACACGCUGUCGAAAGAAAACAGUAAGGAAAAUGAUCUCUCUACGCUCGAAUACAUCGGGUUCACCACGGGGUACAGAAUCAUCGAACGCUUGACGCGGGAGUGGCCCCGGUUUAAGGACGAGCUGGAUACGAUGAAGUUUAUUUGUACCGACUUUUGGAGCUCAAUCUACCGGAAACAGAUCGACAACUUGCGCACCAAUCACCAGGGGGUGUACGUGCUGCAGGACAAUGCAUUCCGCUUUCUAACCCGUCUGUCGUCCGGCUCGCAGUAUCUUGAACAUGCUCCAAAGUUUGUGGCGUUCACCUGCGGAUUAGUGCGGGGCGGUUUGGCUAAUCUCGGCAUCACGAGCACGGUCACAGCGGAAGUGCAGACAAUGCCGUCGUGUAAGUUUCACAUUCAAGUCAAUCGAACAUAG